AUGCCUCGCAAGGUGCUCACGCGCGCCACGGCCACCGUCGACGACGCCGGCGCUGGUCCCUUCCGCGUCGAGCCGGAGGGUCUGACCGGCCAGUUCGCCAACCUCUACUUUACGCGGCUCGGCAUGCUGUCGCCGGUGGCGCGUGAGGCGGCGGCCUCCGCCUGGGGAGGUCCUCCGACGUGGGUCAAGGCGCUCGACGCGCCGGCCAAUGGCGAGACGGUCGCGGUGGUGGGUACCCUCUUCGCCGAGCUCAGCAACAAGCCGGACAUCGACAAGGGCCUCGAGGUCGCCGAGGCGGCGCACGGUGGCGCCUACGUGGGCGGCGAGGAGGGGACGGACUCGUACUGCCUGGAGGACGAGUCGGGGCGGCUGCAGCUGGGCGGCGUGGACAAGCUCGUCUCGAGCCGCGGCCUCCGCCUCGUCACCGGCGCCGUCAUCGCCGUGCGAGGCGUUGUUGACCAGGACGGCGUGCUCACCGUCGGCGACGUCGUCUUUCCGGGCGCGCCGCCGGCGGCGCCGUCUGCGGCGAGCGCCGCGGCGGAGGACGACGCGGCCGGCACGCACGCCCCCGCGCCGCACGACAAGCACCUCGCGCUGGUGUCUGGGCUUCGCGUUGGGCAGGGGGACGAGGCGGAGGAGUUGCCGCUCACGCUGCUCAGCGAGUGGCUCACGGGGCACGUCGGCGGCGGCGCCGACCUCGCGCUGCAGGCGUCUGUGGACCCGCUGAAGAAAGUCGGCGCGCCGCAGCAGCGAAGCCUCGCGGCAGGCAUGGCGGCGCUCGACGCCGCCCUCUCCGGCUUUGGAGGCGCCGUCCCCGUCGACUUGAUGCCGGGCGCGACCGACCCGGCGGGCCACCUGCUUCCGCAGCAGCCGAUGCACCCGUGCAUGCUGCCGCAGUGCUCGCGCCUCUCGACAGCGGCCGCGCCGGAGCGCGCCCUCGACGCGCUCGAGAUGUGUCUCGAGCUGCGGCACGACCCCUUCCUGCUCGACGCCUCGCCCGCCGUCUUCUUUGCCGGCAACCAGCCCGCGUUCGCAACGCGGCUCUUCCGCACGCCGGCCGGCGAGCCGGUGCGGCUGGUCGCGGUGCCCGACUUCCGCGAGACGCGCUCGAUCGUCCUGGUCAACCUGCGCACGCUCGACGCGCACACCGUCUCCUUCGCGCCCGAGGCGGCGUAG